AUGUCUAAAAUCACACAGCAACUGAAUUUUUUGAACAAGAUUAGUGCCACCACUAAGUUACCCCAAAUCCUCAUAGAUUCGAAGAAGUAUUCGGGGCUUAGGUUGACCUUUCAGAUGAAAAACCACAACGGGCAUAUGGGUGCCAGAGUCUUUUGGCAUGACUACCUACCUACCUUGCAAUUCUACAAUCCAGAAAUCAAGUUCGAUGUGAUAAGAAUCAAGAACGAAGAUAAGCAGAAGAGUGUUCCGUGCAAACUGGAAAUCCUCUCUCAAGAGGGCACGGUUACAGAAACUAUUGACAUGCGCAAUAAGAUGCAUGACGACAUAAUGAAAGAUCUACUUGAAAAGAUAGAACACAACCCUCUUCCAGAGAACGAGGUUAUAAGGGCUGGAUCGCCAAUAGAAUAA